AUGUGGACUCUCCACCCUCAUUUUGUGGAAGUAGUAGGUAAGGUUUGGAGGUCUGAAGGUGAUACUAAUCCCUGGACAAAUAUGUGGAAACUCCAAAAGAAGGUGGCAGCUAAGCUGAAGAAGUGGAAUUGGCACACUAUUGGUAAUAUACAUGACAACUUGAUUAAAGCUCAAAGUAAAGUGCUUAACAUGGAAGAUUGCUUCCAAAGGGGUUUGAUUUCUGAAGUUGACCUCCAUCAAGCUAAUGAAGAGUUGUUACUCCAUACCAGUUACACAGAAUGUUUUCUGAAGCAGAAAGCUGUUGUUACCAAAUUUAUGGAAGAAGAUAGAAAUUCAAGUUAUUACCAUGCUUGCAUUAACUUUAGAAGGAAAGACAACAUGAUUAUAUCUAUUCAGGAUUCUGCUGGCCAUAUGCUGACUGAUGCUGAGAAUAUUGUCCAAGAUGCUGUAAAUUACUUUCAAAAUAUCUUUAAGGAGCAGUCUCCUUCUAGAGCUCAAAUCAUGAUGGAAAUUUUCUCUGAUUGCAAAGAUUAUGUGCAUAAUCUGAAUCUAAAUACCACUCCAUUGGAAGGUGAAAUUAAAGCUGCCUUGGACUUUAUUGAUGACCAUAAGGUAGCUGGCCCUGAUCGCUUCACUACAAAAUUUUAUAAAGCCACUUGGAAUAUCAUCUGUGGGGAGUUUGUAUCUGUGGGGAGUUUGUUGAGAGUUUGUUGA